AUGGCUAACAAGAUGGUCGCCCAAAUGAAGAAUCUGACCCUGGAUAGGAUCUAUUGCAGCAAUAAAGAUUGCGGAUCAUUCAUCGGUCCAAAGCACAUCUCGAAAGCACWUGGCUUUGCAGUAUGUACAGCCUGUGAGGCCAUCACUUGUACUGUCUGCAAGAACCACGCACACGAAGACGACGAUUGCCCCGAAGAUCCAGCCAUUCGACAGACUCGAGCUCUGGCGAAGAAAAUGGGAUGGAAGGAAUGCUGGUCCUGUCGCGCGGUGAUAUGUAUCUUCGAAAAAGGCUGCUUCCAUGUUAAAUGUACAUGUGAAGCAGAAUUGUGUUACCGCUGUGGUGGACAGUGGACUUGGGAUCGCGGAUGUCCGUGCCCACUUUGGAAUGAUAGAAAAGUUUGGAAAAAGCGCAAGGCAGCUCGUCGACAGUAA